AUGGAGGACAAGGCUUUAUUAAGAUGCUGCAUCUUUAAAGAUGCCAUCUGUAACGUCCUCAUUACUCGAGGAGGGCUGCCUGGGUCAUACUCACCUGCAGUCUUCGGGCGUCCCCGGUUAACGAAGGAGUGGAGUCGACAGAGAGGUGUAGUUUCAAACGGUUUAUUCCGCCAUCAGCUCAAGCGACUGCCAGGAAGGGAGCAAUUCCAUGGUCUUGGCUCUAUGUACCGCCAAGGAGCUGCUGCUAUCAUCCUUACCUAUGAUGUGAACCACCUGCAGAGCCUUACCGAACUGGAAGACAGGUUCUUAUCUCUGACAGACACAGCCAACACAGACUGUCUUUUUGCCAUCAUGGGGAACAAGGUUGACCUCACUGAUGAGGUCUAUGUGAAGGAUGGUGCAAAAGAUCUGAAUGACCCUGGGAAGACCAUCAGCAGCUGUGACUCAGCCAGAGCCCUAAAACGAGUUUGCCUGGAUGAUGCCAUGGCUCUUUAUAAGAAGAUUCUGAAAUACAGAAUGUUAGAUGAAAACGAGGUGCCAGCUGCUGAAAAGAUGUGCUUUGAAAUUAGUGCAAAGAUAGGCUACAAUGUGGACCACGUGUUUGAAACCCUUUUUGAUAUGAUGGUACCAAUAAUUUUGCUCCACAGAGCUGAGGGACCUUCACAGACUGUGGAUAUUACUAAUUAUAAACCAGCAAAACGGACCCAAUCUAGGAAUUUUAAGACCAGAGGACUUCACUUAGUGAACUGAUGUGGAAAAGUUCUAAGCCAUCCCACCUUAUCAUCUUCCCCUCCCCAGCUUACCUUUGGAUACUGAAUGGCCUUAAAGUCAGUGCACCCACGUCUAACUUUAAUGUAUUUAAAUGUGAUAUGUGACAUCUCAAAGUGCUGCCCUCAUGUAGUUGUCAAAAAGUUUUGCCAAAAGGUGAUUCUCAACUGGAGAGAACCCAACUUUCAGCUCCAGUAAGCAAGCUUCUUCAUGAAAGUCCAACAAAAAGCAGAGCCAUUCUGGUACAAGGAGCGCUAACUAGGCUGAAGAUAACAUGUUCUUUGAAAGUAUUUCAAAGCAUCAGGACCAAAAGAAGCUAUCAUUAGGGCUGUGUGCCUGGGUGAGUAUUUCAAUGAAGGCUCUUUUUUUUUCCUUCCUUGGUUUGGUAGGAGGUAUGAUGAAAGAAGCAACAUUUAAAAACAGCAGUAAUGCAUCACUAAAACUUAAAAAAAGGAAAAAUAAAAAACUUGUCAUGGUGUUCUCUGCAGAAACAACUACUCUGUUUGUACUUUUUCAGACUCUUGUAUUCCCUCCAAUGGGAUGUUAUCUGAUGUUAUCCGAUUUUAGGUUUACAUUAAUUUCAUGUGUAUAGUAAAGGGAUUAAUUAAUGACUUUCCAUUGCUAUAGGCCAGAGCUAUGUAUAAGAGACAAUCCUGGUGCUAAUACGGGGGUGGGGAAGCUGUGGCCUCAAGGCCACAUUUGGCUCUCUAGGUCCUCAAAUGAGGCCCUUUGACCGAAUCCAAACUGCACAGAAUACAUUCCCCUUGACAAAAUUAUUUGUUCUGUAAAACUUGGACUCAGUCAGAAGGCCGCAUUCAAGGACCUAGAAGGCCACAUGUGUUCUCGUGGCCACGGGUCCCCCACCCUUGUGCUAAUAGUUUGGCAGAAUAUUAUGCUUUCCCCCAAAAAAAUCCACAUUAGUAAUGGUUAGAACAUUUCUCACAAAUUCUAACAAGCAACAAAUUUUAACAAGCCCUUCCCCCUUCUCUUUGUCCCUGUCUCUCAGUUUGUCUCAGUCUUAUCUAUCUCUAUAUCUUUCUCAACCUCUCUAUGCCUUCCAAUUUUUGUCUCUUAAUCUCUCAAUUUU